CUCGCCUGAGGUGACCGGAGUCAUAAGUUUUCAGAGACAGGGCUUGAGAGAGGUCAAGGGUCAGUGCAAGAGCCGGGGAGGACAUGGUGAAGCAGACGAUCCAAAUUUUCGCCAGGGUGAAGCCCACUGUCCGGAAGCAGCCACAAGGGAUUUAUUCCAUAGAUGAAGAUGAAAAGUUGGCCUCUAGCUUGGAAAUUAUCUUACCUCGUGAUUUGGCAGAUGGAUUUGUGAAUAAUAAGCGAGAAAGCUACAGAUUCAAAUUUCAAAGGAUUUUUGAUCAGGAUGCAAAGCAAGAGACCAUUUUUGAAAACAUUGCCAAACCAGUUGCUGAGAGCGUCCUGGCAGGUUACAAUGGUACCAUCUUUGCCUAUGGACAGACAGGCAGCGGUAAGACCUUCACCAUCACCGGUGGGGCAGAGCGCUAUAGUGACAGAGGCAUUAUCCCAAGGACGCUGUCGUACAUUUUUGAGCAAUUACAAAAGGACAGCAGCAAAAUAUAUACAACGCACAUUUCCUAUUUGGAAAUCUACAAUGAAUGUGGUUAUGAUCUAUUGGAUCCAAGACAUGAAGCCUCCAGUUUGGAAGAUUUGCCGAAAGUGACAGUGUUGGAGGACCCUGAUCAGAAUAUUCACCUGAAAAACCUGUCUCUUCAUCAGGCAACCACAGAGGAAGAAGCUCUGAAUCUGCUUUUCCUAGGAGACACCAACAGAAUGAUUGCAGAGACUCCUAUGAACCAAGCUUCAACCCGAUCCCACUGUAUUUUCACCAUUCACUUAUCAAGCAAGGAACCAGGAUCUGCAACCGUGCGACAUGCCAAACUGCAUUUGGUGGACCUGGCUGGCUCAGAGCGAGUUGCAAAGACUGGAGUCGGGGGCCAGCUUCUAACAGAAGCCAAAUACAUCAACUUAUCACUCCAUUACUUAGAACAGGUUAUCAUCGCCCUCGCAGAGAAGCACCGGGCGCACAUUCCGUACAGGAACUCCAUGAUGACGAGCGUCCUGAGAGACAGCCUGGGAGGGAACUGCAUGACCACCAUGAUCGCCACACUCUCCGUAGAGAAGAGGAAUAUCGACGAGUCUAUAUCUACCUGCAGAUUUGCACAGCGAGUGGCACUCAUAAAGAAUGAAGCUGUUCUUAAUGAAGAAAUAGAUCCCAGAUUGAUGAUUAUGCGCCUGCAGAAGGAAAUCCAGGAACUGAAGGAUGAACUGGCCAUUGUCACUGGCGAGCGGAGGACAGAAGUGCUCACAGAAGCAGAGCUCCUUCAGCUGGAAAAACUAAUAGCAUCCUUUUUGGAAGACCAGGAUCCAGAGAGUAAAUUGGAGGUUGGCGCUGAUAUGCGUAAAAUUCAUCACUGUUUCCAUUAUUUAAAGAACCUAUUGAACGACCAGAAGAUCCAUGGGAUGAGCAGAGCCUCCUCCAAAGUCAAAGGUCAAGACUGCCGAGAACCAUUAAAAGAGGAAGAAUAUAAAAAGCUUCGAGAUAUUCUACAGCAGAGGGACAAUGAGAUCAAUAUUUUGGUAAAUAUGUUAAAGAAGGAAAAGAAGAAAGCUCAGGAUGCUCUGCACUUCUCCAGCAUGGACAGGGGUGAACUGAGGCGAUCCUGGGGCUCACCCUUCCCGCCUGGGAACCCGGACAGUCCGAGAACCCUGCCACCCUCAGCCCCCACUCAGGCCACCCAGGACUCCUGCCCUUCUCAGUACAGAUCCGGCUGGCUCCACCGAAAAACAGGAAUGAGAGAGGAAAUGUCCCUGGGACGCCAGGAGGCUUUUGAAAUUUUCAAGAGGGACCACGCUGACAGCGUUACCAUCGAAGACAACAAACAGAUGCUGAAACAGAGAUUUUCUGAAGCAAAGGCCUUGGGAGAAAGUAUCAAUGAAGCAAGACGUAAAAUCGGUCGCCUGAAGGAAGAGAUCACCCAGCGGCACGUGCAGCAAGUAGCUCUAGGUAUCUCAGAAAACAUCCCCGUGCCCUCAAUGCCAGACCUGCUGGAAGAGAAGCUUCGGUCACAGCUGGAGGAGGAAAAGAGAAGCUAUAAAACCAUGUUCACACGCCUGAAGGCCCUGAAGGUGGAGAUUGAGCACUUGCAGUUACUCAUGGACAAAGCCAAGGUGAAGCUGCAGAAAGAGUUUGAAGCCUGGUGGGCCGAGGAGGCCACCAGCCUGCAGGUCACCUCCCCAGCAGUGAAUUCACUGAAUCACCUGAAGCCCUUUCCCCAGACACCAGAAGCCCAGCGCGAAAGGCCCCAGCUUCUCUCUAACAAAAGUGAUGUGUACACCAGGAAGAUCCUGCCCUCGCCCAGCCCCCUCCUGCCCAGCUGGGAGCAGAGCGGCCCCAGCAACCCCCCGGAAGACAGCAUCCCAGAGAGGCCGGUGUCGUCCGUCCCUCUCACAGGGGACAGCCAGACGGAUUCCGACAUCCUGGCCUUCAUCAAGGCCAGACAGAGCAUUCUGCAGAGGACAGGUUCCAAUGAUCGUCCGCCAAGCAUUGCAGCAGCAAGGACAGAGGACAGAUGAAGGCGCCUCCUCUGCCUCGCCCGGGCUUCCAAAGUGAUCUGUGGGCUACGGGGAGCAACUCAUGACUUUGAUUCCAGUGGAGGGGACGUGUUCCUUUGAGGGUGGUGUCCUGGAAGCUGCCAAGGGGGCUGGGGCCGGGUUUCCGUGCCAUCCUUGCUGUGGGUGUCGGAGCUGCAGGCAGCCGGGCAGUGCCAGGGUGCUGGGGGCGGGACAAGCUCACUCUUGUGGUGUUUCAUGUAGCUGAUCUUAAACCUUUGAGAUUUUGAAAUAGCGCCAUCACAGUGAGUGUCAGGAAACUCAUGCUGGUAGGACGAGGAGGAAAUAAUAACGGGUCUUUUUAGCUAUUUACCAGCCCAGCCCCCUGCCCCAGCCCCUGGUUUGGAACCCAGGAAUGGCUGGAGCAGGUCAGGCAGCAGCUUGGAGCCCAAGACAAAGGUGGUGGAGUGCAGGGCAUCUUGACGGCCAGUCCCCUUCCCCCGGCCCAGACCCUCCACCAACUCUCAUGGCCGGAUGACCCAUAGGCAGUGCCUAAAUCAGCUCUAUUUUCAAGGAGCCACCCCCACUGCAGGGUCUAAGGUCCUGGCAGCACCCAGAGAGCAUUGGACAGCUUCCAGGGGCCCAGCAGGGCGCUGAGUGGAGCCGUGUGUGUGCCUUGGCUUCACCCUCACCCCAACCUUGGAGCUCUACAAGAUUCGGGCCACUUCUCCCCAGUCCCACAGUGGGAAGGUAGCUGCCUGGGUCUUGACUCAGAGAGCUGCCUCAGCAUUCUAGGCAGUGGAAGGUGGGAGCCCCCAGGAGGCCCCGGGCACUGCCACCUGCCUCAGGGCACUGGCAGCAAGGUUCCCAGCCAGCUGCAGCAGGGGAGGGGAAGGUGGGAGCAGGGAAUAGCCCUGGAAAUGAAGCCACCUGAAUAAAAGUGCUUGUCUGCUG